GAAGCUUAAAUUUUGGUCUAAUGACAACUGGCUGGGCCUAGAAAGCCUACUCCGCCACAAGGUCCAGGGCCAAGUUCAAGCCGAGCCCUCAAGCUCCAUCUGAAUGCAACACUUGGCUUUGUGCUCACAUCCUCCUUCCUCCCUCCCUCCCUCAAGCACAGAAGCCAGAUCCCGUAGCGGUCGGCUAAAAGGUCGUCCUGGUACUUGCUGCUGUAUCUAGGCGGCACACCAUCAGAUGACAAAUUCUCCAGAAACCGAACUCGUGGGCGAGAAGUAGGCCGUGGGCCAAGAUGAAUCCCCCUUCCCUACAGUUUCGAAUCUGAACGAGGCAGGCAUCGACCAUGGUAGUGAGAACUACGUACUCUCUUGGAGGACACGGAGAGUCGUCGAAGACCACGUCCCCGUCCGUAAGCAGGGACCAUGCCAUGUCGCUCAGCUUUCUGAGAAGCUGAUGGCGAAGGAUAUUUCAGUGAGCAGGGUCCGGACAUUUCACAGCGGCUGCAGCUUGAAGCUAGAAGCCUAGUUCCGGUCAUGGGGUACCGCAAUUGUCUGACGCGCACGUCGCCGCUUUAUCUCAUCAGGAGGUGGAUCGUGGGAGAAUCAAGUGAAUGACUUUGCGUACAGAGCACCUUUUGACAGCCGUUGAUUUCUGACUUAUAUGGAGGUACUACUGGGACUGCUGUAGAAGGGCCCCGCUAUAUAGCAUUGUGGUGGAGUCACCAUAUCCAUGGCUUGUUGGGCGGUCUAUAAUAUCCUCCUGCAUACGACACUAAGCGAUCUAUCAAUUUUGUCGAACCGCGAAGAUGGAGUUCGCAUCCGAGGAUUCAGAUCAGAACCAGAUGGAGUUCGCAUCCGAGGAUUCAGAUCAGAACCAGAGUCACCGGCAGGCACGGGAGGCCUAAGUGGUCCCGUGCAAGGAUGCCACUGUCAACUGCUGCUGGACGAGAUGGGAUCGGAGGAAAGAAUGUGUGUGUGUGUGAUUGUUUAAUCCUCUGAGAAGUGGAGAAUUCGGGCACAGCAGAGGAGGGAAGACGAGACCCAAAUUCCGACGCAAGGGCGUUUGAGAAGUUUCCAAAUUUGAAGGGCUCUGGACCAAUUUUGUUGGAGCUGGGACUAGAAACAAGGGAAAGAAACUCGUGAGCCCUUUUCCUUUGCUGCUGCGCUGCUCGCCCCUCUGGUGACAGUAUCGACCUCGGGCCCCAAGGACCGCACAACGUAUCUUGUUGCCCUGCAGCAUAAAUAUGCUCCUACAUGGCUGACACGCUGGCUCGCCGGCCCAAUCCUCGUCCGCCCGCUCAGCCUCGCUGACGUCCGCAAGAUGUGCGUAGCGCAUGACACUGCACGCAAGUCGCUCGCCCCAUGCAUGACUCAGGCCCCGGGCGCGGGCUGGCAUCUUCCUCCCGCUUCCAUUAUAUCCCUUCCCGAACCAAGAAAUGAUCGCGCGAGAGCGAGCUUCAAAUGUCCCCGAACCACAUGCGGCUCGUCCCGAACCUUUCCUAUCCGACCCAAACCUGCGACGGGGAAUCAAUCGAGCGGCUGCGUGAGGUGAGGUGAGGUCAGCUUUCCCGAGGAGCACACCAACGAUCCUACGUGUAUCCUACGCCGAGUCCUCAUCCUCCUCCUGCUUCUCCUUCUCCUCGUCGUUCAAGCCUACACGACACGCACGUCAGACUCCGGUAGUCCAGCUCGUCAUUCAUUCGGUGAUUCAGAGCAGUCCAUUCCCGAUCAUUAGUCCUGUCAUUCAGUCGACAUAACGACGCCAGGCCCCAGGCGCGAGGUCAGGCGGUACGAGGACCGACACAUGUACGCGCGAGGACAGUACCCGCGAGUUCCGUACCGAUCAGUCUGAGACUCUGAGCUUGCAUCUUUUCGUCCUGUGCCCCGUGCAGUUAUUAUUGAUUCCACCCAAUAAUUCAUCGGUCUGAUAGCCCGAGCUCGAGCUGCGGUACGCUGGAGCCGGAAACCAUGCAGCAGCUGAUCGCUGGUAACCACAAAUGAUUCGUCUCGCACUGACUGCGAGCACGAACGAGGGUGGCUCAGUUCGACUCGAGGUCGUUGGAAUCGACAUGUGCGAUGAAACUCCUUCGAGCUGCUGAACGUCGCCAUAUCCUCCUUCCAUGAUCAUAGUCCCGGCCUCGGACUUUCGUCCGGUGAUGAACGUGCGGCUGCGGGGAAUUUCGGGGAGAUAUCAUGAGGCAUGAGGGGCGAUAUCAUGAAUUCAUGUAGAGGGCUAGGAGCAGAGGACAUGGGAGGAAUAUUGAUGAGAGGUAUCUAGCGCUUGAUUCCAGUGUACUCCGGUGCCGUAAUUCUCCAUUGAUCCGAGUCUACUGGCUCGCUUGUCGGCAAGAUGAUAAGUAGCGUCAGCGACAUAUCUAGUCCUGACGCGAGGGGGGAAAUUUAGUGGCAGAAGCAGGAACGAAGUGAGGGUCGGAGGGGAUUUGUCGUGGGAUACGAGGCGUACAGAACGAGAGGGGACCUCGAGGCACGCACGGACGGACAGACGAUCGACCAGAGCUUCAGAAGCGCAAUUCCAUCACGAGUGAAGGAAGGCACGAACGAAUGAAGUGCGCUGGGUGUUUCGGAGGCUGAGGGUUACGACGGGGGGUCAGCUCUGGCGUGGCUGCGCAUCAUGUGGUCACGUUGAAAAUGUACUGCAGGGCGCUCCCCGCGUCAGUCUUACAAAUCUCCGCUCCAUAAAUUCCUCCAUGCGUUUUCUCGAUCACCCUUUUCUCGGACGGCGUACUCAGCCCCAUCACAGCAGGACUGGGAAUCAUCAUCGAUUUGCUUCUUCGUAAAUAUUACCUUUGCAUGGUGGUACACAUUUUUAUGAGGGCCUUCCUGUUGACAAGCAUAGUGAUCGUGAAGUUCGUGACUCUCCAUGAUUAUAAACUGAAGGUGGAUAUUUGAUGAUAGUCUCUAAAGUUGUAGUCCGAUCCUUUAGUUUUACUCUCCUCUUCAAUAUUCUCCGACACCCUGCCGAUGGCAUGGUUUGGGAAAAAGUGUUACUGGAGUGCAAAAUAGUGUUCCUCAUGAUCACAAACUUUUUGUUGAAGUGCAGGGAUAAUAUAUCGAACGUUUCUUGAGGAUUUUAUCUAUAAAUUAGAUUAUUAUUUAUAGUUUCGAGGAAAAUGAAGUUAUUCAUGCUCGAUGGAGUAAAGCUAACUUUUAAUAUUUUAAAAACAUCAAAUAUCUUAGAUUCACAAAAAUUGAACAUGAAGUCAUGGCUU